CUGGCCGCGAGCGGCGGCGGUGGUCGCAGGCAUUCUCUCGCGAACGCAGCUCGGGGCUCACCCGCAUCUCGUUCAUCGCGUCUCUCGACCCCGCACGCAACACUUCUCCCGCCAAAACAGUUCGCGCGCAAUUUUAUUACAAGUUAAUUUUUUUUAAAGCCAGUGCUAAAGAAUCAGGCAGCUUUGUUUUUAAUUUGCUGUGAUGCGCUGUUUCGUUUUAUUUUUGAUUUUGUUUUUUGUGUUUUUACCGAACUCUACCAAAGGAAUUCGAUGGCUAGCGUUGCACGAGAGUGAAGGCAACUGGACGGAGAGUGAGUGUCAGACGGCGCGUCGCGAUGGCGCCCUGUGGAGCACGCAGGGGCGCGUUUGCCGCCGGCAGCCAUCCGCCAUGCCUCACGUGGCCGCUGCCUCUAGGAUGGCCCGGGCCGCCUGUCUGGCUGCCCAUGCUGGCGAACGCUGGAACUGCUCCUCUAUUGCGCUGGCGCCGCGCUACUCGCCUGAUCUGCUUACGGGUACACGCGAGCAGGCGUACGUAUACGCAAUGUCGGCGGCGGCGCUAGUGUGGUCGGUGGCACGCGCGUGUGCCGCUGGCUCUCUGCCUGCGUGCUCGUGCGCUGCGCCGCCCCGCGCGCCGCCGCGACCGCCGCGUCAGGCCCAGCUCACACCCGCCGAGCCGCACGCAAGGUUUAAGUGGGGAGGCUGCGGCGACAACUAUCAGUGGGCAGAAAGAUUUGCCAAACAGUUUUUGGAUGCCCACGAGAUAGAUGUCAGAGAUGGUAAAAUCGAAGACUUUUUGGAAGCGGAGACAACGACGACAUUAGAACCUACAACGAUAUCUGUACCCGAAUCUACGACCGCUGCACCCGUCGUGAUCCUGGUAGAUGACCAGCCAGCUCCUGCCAAUAUUACUGCGCCUCCGAAGAACGGGAGGAAAGGGAAAAAGGGCAGAAAACGUCUACCAAGAUCGCCCCGACGCGGUCGACCGACGAGGAAACGAUUCAGAUCAAGAUACGAGUACGAAGAUAGAGGAUCUCGCUACCGUAACAUCGAGUACCGCAUGGCGGCGGACGACCCGCGUUUCGACCCACAAGUAGACCUGAACACGCGCCUCGAACGUCUGCGACCGCUCAUCGCCUCCGCUAAUCUGCUCAACGGACGCUUCGGAAGAAAGGCAGUGUCGAGCGGUAUGCGGACAAAGUGCACAUGUCACGGUGUAUCCGGGUCGUGUUCGGUGCGCACUUGCUGGCGAGCACUGCCGCCGCUGGCUCGUGUGGCUGCCACUCUGGCGGCGGAGGCAACACGCGCCGGUCCACUGCGACCCCGGCGCCAUAUAGCACGGCGCGCCAAACCCCGCCUGCGAUACGUCACUCCCAGCCCUGACUACUGCGAGCCGGAUGUAGCUGCCGGCUCCUUGGGAACGCACGGAAGAAAAUGUAACGCGAGUUUAGGUAGCGGUCCGGGCGGGUGCGGACGGCUGUGUUGCGGGCGCGGGCGGCGCGCCGUGCGCUCGAGCCGGCUGGAGCGCUGCCGCUGCCGCUACCACUGGUGCUGCCGCGUCGACUGCCAGCUGUGCCGCCUCACCACCGAAGAUCACUACUGCAACUGAUAUGCCAUAACCCUCAUCAACACUACAAGCGAACGAGCUAAACUCUCGAGCCGGCUGGAGCGCUGCCGCUACCACUGGUGCUGCCGCGUCGACUGCCAGCUGUGCCGCCUCACCACCGAAGAUCACUAUUGCAACUGAUAUGCCGCCUUAACCCUCAUCAACACCAUAAGCGAGCGAGCUAAACACUCGAGCCGGCUGGAGCACUGCCGCUGCCGCUACCAUAGAUGCUGCCACGUCGACUGCCAGCUGUGCCGCCUCAACAUCGAGGAUCACUACUGCAACUGAUGUGCCGCACCCACCCUCAUCAACACUACAAGCGAGCGAGCUCAGCGCUCAGCUGGUUAGGGCGCUGCCGCUACCACUGGUGCUGCCGCGUCGACUGCCAGCUGUGCCGCCUCACCACCGAGGAACACUACUGCAACUGAUGUGCCGCCCCCGCCCUCAUCAACACCACUAGCGAGCGAGCUCAACGCUCGAGCUGGUUUGAGCGCUGCCGCUACCGCUGGUGCUGAUUUACCUACAAAGAUUUACGAUAUAAUUUUCGAAAUUUUAAUUAAUUCCCAAUUUCAAUACCAAAGAAUAAAUCCACCGAAGCAUAUUUUUGUAGACCUAUGACACGGUAAUAAUAUCAUACAGUAUUCUAUCUUCAUACAAACGGUCGGAAAGCGAGUCAUACCUACGCCACUCGAGUUCGAUGUGCGCUCGGCGUGCACCCAGUCGCGAAUGCGCCGCCGCGCCGCAACGACGACCGAACGGUCUGAAUUGUUUUUUAUGCAGUUAGCCGUGCUUAAACGUGCGUUUUGUAUUGUAAAUAUUUGAUUUAAUUAAGUAGAUAACUACAUAAUUUAGUAUUGAAAAGAACAAACGACGAUCAAUAUCGUACAACAGCACAAUUGCUGUUUUUGGUUGCUUGAACUCUUCAAUAACACACCCAGAGAUAUCAUUUUUUAAAUUACCUGAAAUAUUGGAAAGGUGUCUUACCUUUAUAGAAUAUUUUUUAUAUACCUAUCUACUAGUACGUUAUUUGUUUAUAAAUAAGUGGUUAGGAUGAAAAAAGAGACAAACAAGUAAUCUACCUACACUCGCGUUAAAAACAAAACUACAUUAAAUACUGUAGGCGGGCGGCCCUACCGCGUGCCAACACAGCGCUCGGUGUAGGCAUUUAUUUUCAAGGACAGGGCGGAGUCACAAUACUGUAUAGAUAAUAUUACCGUGCCUAUGACAACUAGUCAUCCCUUAAUUUAUUGAAUGUUUUCCCUUGUAUAAAUAUUGUAGCUGUUAUAAACUAAGGUUCUUUUAGUUUAGUUUCAUAUAGCUAAGUGUAGAAAUUGACGAAUACAUACACAAUCAAUCGUAUGACAGUACUUAGCAAACUAGUAUUAUUUUUAUUAUUAGCUACACUCAAAACAUAUCUUUUCAUGUUUCAUUUCGGAAACUAAUAUUAUGACAAUAAAGGUUUAAAAAGUUAUCGUUAAAUGUAGUCCACGAAUUUUGACGCUGUAAAUAUUGCUCAGCACAAAGUAGAUGUAGAUAUUUCGUAAUAUCAAGCAUAAUGAUUAAUGUAGAAUCAAAAUUUUGUAUAUAAAUUUUUGACAUUUCAGACGACUAAAUCGCUAAGGUAAAUUUUACCAUCCAGUACUACGUAGCUACUUCGAGAUUUUUUGUGUGAUUAAAUAAUAUGUUGUAAUAAAAGAAAAUAUAAAGACCCCUCUAAGGCUUUACUGUACCCCAAGCAUGAACAACUAGCGAGAAAGUAUUCGUUUCGACACGUCAAAGUUUAUGUAGAAAAAUCUAGUUUGUUCUUACGUCCAUUAGCUACUUUGUUUCCAUAGAAACCUUGACGUUGGAACACGGUUCUGUGAAAAUUUAAGCUCGAGCCACUGAUUACUUACCUAUUGCAAGAAAUAUUUCUUUCUUUAUAGUUUAAUUCAUUAAACUAUUUUAAUCUUAAUAACGACAGUUCUCAAACCCCUCACUGGUAAGGGAUUAUUAUUAAUUGCCUGGCUACUUUUGUUAAUUAUGAAAAAAUAACGACGAAUGCUUGUUACUAACAUAUAUUGAGAACUUCUGUAAAGAAUACUUUAAUAAAGUUUAUUUAUAUCAUUAACAUCUACUGAAAUAAUAUACAUACUUUCUUAAGGCCGUUAAUUAGCAUUUUGUUUUAAUAGAGCAUUAUGUUUAUACAUCACUGUAAUGUUACCUUAUAGAAUAUUUUAAAACAUCAGUAUUAACAGUUUUAUAACCCUCAAAAACGGGUUAUGUUAAAAUUAUCAUUAUCAGGAGAUUAUUUUAUAUAGUUUUACUGUAAUAAUAAUUAUAUUAUAUUAUUAUCCGACUGCAAAAGUUCAAUUCAUUUGUAAAUAAAAAUUUGUACUUAGUAUCGUCUUUAGUUUCUUUUAAUACAGUAGUAUUUAGAGAAAUAAAAAUACAGUACUCAUAUUCUUCAUUAAUUUAUUUACAUGAAAAAAGUGUUUGACAUGACUGAACUUUAUGACCACUUCUAAGAUAUAGGUAGCGGCAAACGUCUUGAGUAAAGCUAUAGACAAAUAAACUUGCGCAGUAACUAUUAGUAUGUAAAAUUGCUACUGUAUGGACUUGGUUGUCUAUGGUUAUACUCAAGAAGAUUACCGGGGCAUACUUGCACCCUUAAAAUUGUUUUGGAGACAUAUUGAACUAUUAUUAUAAAUCAAUGUGUUUACAAGCUUGGAAAUUAAAUAUAUUUUAUUAUAUUUAAGAAUAAUCUUAUAUGUAUAUCAUAUAAAUCAAAGUUUUGAAAAAUACCAAAUGAAAUACAGAAUAUAAAAAAUAAAUCAUCACCAGUGCAACUUUUACAAUGGCCAACAUCUCCAAUGCAAUCAUAGACAAUUAAGAUAGCGAGAAAUAUUACAGACAAACAUGUGAACACGUACUGAAUCGUCUAUGUUUCCGUGCAAGAUGUUUGGCGCUAGGUACACGACACUUCGAAAGAGAGGAGCCCGGUAGUAAAACUUUUAUUAAAAAUUAAAAAAAUCAUAUCACUUUCCCUUACUAAGAAUAAAUCAGGACAGAACGAUCUCACUCGAACGGUAAAGUUACAUUAGUUUUCGUUACAUAACGUAUGAAUGUGCACGAAUUCUAGAUGUAUUUUAAUAUUUCUGUGGAUGUGUAAAGUGGGCUUAUUCGAUCCAAUGUUAUCGACUGACAAAAUUAUAGACUCUAACUAUUACACUAUGCCUAUGCCAUCAUAACUAAUGCAUUACAUAAGUACUAAUUACGCAGUCUUUGGCAAUUUUGAACAAAACGUAAAAAGGGAUCGUUUCGAAUGAAAGUCUUCUGCUUUCAUAAAUCCAUAUAAGCCUACAACAGACGAACAAAAAGGGACUUUUAUGAAUAACAAGAAAUGAAAUUAUAUUUUUAUUUUGUCACAAAAAUAGCUUGUGCUAUUGUUAUACUACUAUCAUGACAAAAAAUAUUUAAGGAACACUAACACCAUGCCUCGCUUGUGCAUCUUAGUUCAUUUUAAUGAAGUGGACCAAGUAUAUUUAUUGUUAUGCCGGCAUUUCACUUGGUUAUUCCUAUUUGCUAUUUGUAACACUUGACAACAGUUUGUCCUUAUCAUUGUUUAUAGAAAAUGAAAAAGACAGACUAAUGUCAAGUUUACAAAAGCAAACACGAACAGCCAAGUGAAGUGCCCGCAUUAAUAAUAAAAUAUUUACCUAAACAAACCAACCUUUUUAAGUCCGACUGUGUGUAAUAUCAGUGUUAUAAUAAGUGCUAGACAAACUAUAGAAGAGCUAAAAUGAGUGACACACUAAUAUUACAAAAUCCUUUUAAAAUAAAGAUCUGUUCUAUUUAUAAGCGAAAAUUUGCUGAAGUCAGUCUCGGCAUUACCAAGCAGCAUGUACUAUCUUAUUUUAAGGUACGAUGGUAAAUAGGCCAGAGAAAAAAAAGGAUAAAUAUUUGAGAGACGGCAAAUAAGCGGCUUGUACGAUUAAUAUAAAAACGCAUGUUUAUCACAUAGCACGGAAUGCAGCAAAUACUAAGCCACUUUAGAACUGUCAAGGACAUAGGUGAAUUAAAUAUUAAUCGAUUCUAAGCCGGAAUUCUGUGCUUCAUCUAUGUAUAUUUAAAAGCGUUCGAAAGUAGCAAAACAGAUAAAUCUAAUUCGCCCAGUUACUAAUGAAUUGAAAAUUAACAAUUUGCUAAUUUUGAUUGGCAAGUGCGAUCACCUAAUUUAGUCUACCAUCGUAAAAUUGAUUUAUGUACGAUUUCCACUUACCGGCACGCGAUGGUUUUACAAUUUGCUGAAGAAAAUUAAAACAUCCACAAAGUAGUUAAGUUCCUUAUUUUAAUGCAAUUCAAACAGCUAUGAAGCCGUCCGGCUGCAUAGAGGUUAAGAAUAGAGUGGGGAAGGCGGCUCUAAAAGUGUCCGUCUAGUAGAAAGAGAAAGAAGAUGAGAGACCGCUAGCUGUCCUUGUGACGCAUGGCAUCCAAUGGCAUCACAUCGAAAUAGUAAGAUGCUUACGGUUGCUAAUGCGCAUUCGCGAUUAGAGAGAGAAAGCUAGCGGCUUUCAUCUUCUUUCUCUUUCUAUUAGAGGGACACUUCCACUUGUAGUGGAGUCUGUAUCUCCCCUACUUUAUUGUUAUACCUCUAUGUUCGGCUGCGCUCGGGCUCUGCUUCAGCCGCUCGGUUCCGCAAUGCAAAUCUUUUAGGAAAUUGUAAUAUGCGCUGUGCUGCACUCCGUGGCGCGCCGGUAAGUGAAGAAACGUACAUUAUACGACUUGAUCCUAGCCAGAUGAUGGAUUAUUUUUCAAAAUGCGCGUCUUCUAUAUCCGUCUUAUUCUCAAAGUCUAAUUUAUCACGUCAAAAUUAUCUACUAUAUUCUAUUGGUGAGUGAGCAGUUAACUGAAAAUCAGUCAUUAGUACGUCAAUGACUCUCUCAUUCCGACACACUAGAGCAUUUAGCCACAAACAAAUUAGUAAUCAUACCAAUAACAAAAUUGGAAUAACUAUUAAAGCCUACGAUUUCAAUAUAAUCACUUUAGUUCAUCAUAAUUCGGUGUGCUUCUCGUGUCCUUUUUCUG